AUGGGAGCCGGAUUGAUCUUCAAUGAAUCUGCAUUCGUCCCGUCAUGGAGCGGUGUAAGUGCCGUGCUUGGGCCCCCCAAGGAGCUGCUCUUCCUCGGCAUCUCCGGCUUACACACUUCUUCUCCACGUGAUUUUUCCAGCUACCCACAGGUAGUUGGCGUGACAUUUCUUCUCAAUUUCGUUGUUCUAUCAGGUGGCGGUCCUGCUCGCGUACCUUGGUUACCUCGCUAUUGCUGGAUCCUUUCUCCCAGGGAAGUUAGUCGCAGGUGCAGCCCUAUCUGAUGGCACCCGGAUCAACUAUCGCUGCAACGGUCAGUUUCUUCCGGAUCUCGCAUCAUCUAUUCCUUGCUCACUAGCCCUUGCCCGCCUCACCCCUUACCCGAGUAACCAUUCAUCUUCGCAGUAUGUUUCGAUCCUCGCAAAUGGCGCAAUGUGUGCAUUAGGGGGGGCACUUUAAAACUUACAUAUCGCCUGCCCCAUGACUUCGAAAGGAGCUACUUCUUGUUAAUGUUAAUUUUGACGAGCUUUCGGAUUAUAAACCUCUCCCGUUGUACUGGCUUCAGUCAAUGCUUUCUCAAGGCUUGCAGGAGAACUUGCUUUAGUUUCUACAGUUUGUGUGGAUAUAAGUACCUUGUGCCAGCUUUCUGUUGUCUUGAAGAAUAUCGCUUCAGAAUCUUCUGAUGUGCAUCUGCAUCUGCUUCUGUUUGAUGUGCAUGUCCAAGGAUACCUGUGGGAAGGAGCGUGAGCAUGGGAAUGCCAUUUUGUUAUUGAAGUUCUCUUUCCAUUCUUCCUGGGUUCUUUCGAUCCGUGAUAGCCAACCAUUGCGCUAAUCUACACAACAAUUCAUCCCUUUUGCCCUCUUUAGUUCCUUUGCCUGGCCACUCCGACCUCCCCUUUUCCCUUAUAAGAUAUACUAUUGCCUAUCAAAAGGUCCCAAAUUAUCGAGUCAGGCUCUGACAAUUGAAUGGCAUCAUUUAAACAAUCGCCAUUUCUCAUCAUUUUUUCUUUAUUUUCCGUUCAUUGCAACAUCUUUUUUGCAGACAUUAUGAUACACAUUCGUAUUGUCCACAUAAUAAUGCCAUGACAGAGCACCCAAUUAUUUACUACCUUCAGUUGCCUUUUGAAGAGUCAUUUGACAUUAUUCUCUUCGUCGCACAACUCUGGUUUUGCACAUAUGCCUACUUCUUUGACUCUUGUGGUUGACCUUUGUAUCAUUUAUUUCUUAUUGACUUCCCAGGUCUCCUCUCAUUGUUCUUGCUCAUCAUUCUUCUGGGAACUGGAGUCAGCUUGAAGUUAAUGUCACCUACGGUAUUCCUGAACCAUAUUUUCCAUUAUCUCUGUAUGUCUCAGGUUUUCAGUUGCAUGCGUGUAGUGUUCCUUGAGUAAAUAUUCUAUUUUGAUAGAGAAAAAUGCCAUGGAUACUCUCUUCUGCCUUCUUUUUAGAUAGAAAACUAGUGCAAAAAGAAAGAAAUUCGUGACCGGUUUCAAUAUGACACUGCCUGCCUUGCAAGGUUUUCCAAGAAUUUCUGGUUUGUGUAGAUUUGUUUCAUAAUUCCUAGAUCUGAUCAAUGAAGUACUUAUUUUGGGCGCCUGUGAUUGUGUUGGAUAAUUCAUUUGGAAUUUGAAGAUGGUACCAUUGGUGAUUGCAGGUUAUUGCAGAUAGAGGAAUUGAGUUGCUCUCUAUAACUCUCGGAUUCAGCCUUCUGGUAAGAUUUACAAAGUUUUUUGUUACCUAAACUGACACUUAGUGUCAGUUUACACAGUUAUUUUUUUUAACAGUUUAAAUUUGAUAAAUUUACGCAGUUAUUUUUUUUUUACUAAAAAAAAAUCGUCGCUUCCAACAAAGUGUGAGGACCCUUCAUGCACGCCUACUUUCCUAAGAGGUUCCAACACAUCAUUUUCCAGUAAACUUAUUGACAUUUUAAAUUCUCUAACUAGCCUGUUUAUCAUGAAGUGGUUCUUGUUUGAUGGAAUUUGUUUUUCUUGGAAAGUGGGAGGGAAAUUAUGGAAAGGCAUUCUACUUUUGAUGAUACUUAACCCAUUUUGUUGUUAUAGUCGUGUAUUUCCCCCAUGCAACGUGAUAAAUCUUCUGUUGAUAAUGCCAACCUCAUUUACUCACUGAUGACAUGAAUAUCAACCUUUGCAAGAGUUGUCCUAGGAGGUUAGGUGCAUCAACGUAUCUGUUGGUUGAUACAGAGGUAUCGUGCUGAUUUAUAGUUGUAAAUGAGUUAUGCAUCCAACUACCUUCUGACCCUGGACAUGUGGUACAUCCUGGGGAUGAUUUACUGAAAAUUGAUGACCUUUACGCCCUACUUCCGAAGGGUCUACUAGAAAAAAGUUUCAAAAUGCUUCCUAUAGUUUAUAAAAAAUCUCCAACUGCAUUAUUGCCACUAAUGUGCAGCACCAGAGAUACACGUCAAAGGUGAAUGAUAAAACAUAUUGCAAUGACCGACCAUAGUAAAGCUUAUUUUUUUGAUAAAAAUGUAUUUAUAUUUGUUUAUUGAUGACACAUGUUUCUUAGAAUUUCCUUCUCACUCAACUGAAUUCGUGAAAUGAAAUCUUCCUAGUCACCUCUUUCCCUUCUUAUUUCUUUCAUUACAGAAGCCUGAGUGCUGUAUCCUUUCUUGAUGUAUUGAUAGGUGGCUUUGAUACUUUAUGUCACUGGUUGCAAAUCUCGGCACCAAGGGUCUUCUUUAAAGCCACAUGUUACUGGGAACUUCAUCCACGACUGGUAUUUUUUAGAAGUUUUCCUUUUAAUUUAAAUUUUAAAUUUUAAAUAUAAAAUUGUAUUGAAAUAUAUAAACAUACGAGGAAGCUAACCAAAACAUCAAAUUGUAUAUUUUUAAAAAUAUGUAAUGACAUUGACUACCCGUAUUUUGCUAAUGAGAUACGAGUUAUUCUUUAAAUUAGGAUUGUUUUUCUAGGGACUCCCUUUAUAUUUAAAUACUAUCUUGAGUGCGAUGAAACUCAUCAAAUAUUUUUAAUUUAUCAAAGCAUAGAAGCAACUGUUAAUGAGCAGUUGUUCUUUAAUUUUUUAAAUUCCUUUAUAGAACCAAUGGGCAGGUCAAAUUCAGAAUUGUUUUUUGGAAGAAUAAUUUGCCUUCAUUUAGCUCAGACCGUGUUACAAGGCAGGGGAAGGUAUCACAUGAAGAUUGGAUUCUACUUAAAAUGAUAUUUAGAAAUUUUCUUCUCUGUCUGAGAAUGGUGCACAAUGUGAAAACAAACGGACAUGUGACGGAACCAUUGUCAUUCUUAAGCUUUUGAAAUUGUGAAAAAUCUGGUUGUCGUUGAUAGUAGGGAAUGGAAAUGCUCAUUUCUGUGAUUUUGCAAAAUCUGUUCCGUCUUUUUAUGGCAUUGUGUCUCUUGUGCCACUUUUUUCUCCCUUGAAAAGGAUAACCUUGCAUGUCUUCCGGCUGAUGAUUAUAUUGUUUGAUAAUUGGAUGGGAAACAUGAUUAAACCAUACCUUCAAGAGUAUUUGCAUUCUUUGAGACGUAGGGCAGAGAUAAAUAAGAAACAACAAAUACGGUGCCUAUGUUUUUUCUUGACAUGUGUUGGUUUUGGGAACAUAUUUUGACAGAUCAGCUGUAUUUUUACGUUUUUUGUUUCUAAAAUGUUUAAUCUUUUUUUCCUCUAAUAGGUGGUUUGGAGUACAGUUGAAUCCUCAUAUUUUGGGAGUUGAUCUCAAGUAAGUAAACCUACAUCAAGUGUCUUUGCAAAAAUUGUAUUCGAUUUGGAUGUUUAAGCAAGUGUCUUCUCUGUACCUUUGUGCAAUAUCUACCUCAAACAUGGCCAGAAGUACUUUUUGUUAAACAUGGUUGAAAUUCUGACGUGUUUUUUUACCCUCUUUCCCAAGCAGCAUUCCAAGUGUGCAUGUUUGGUACCGACACACAUUGCCAGAAUUGCAGAAAUGUUCAUUGACCUCAUUCAUUUCACCUCAUCUGCAGGUUUUUCUUUGUUAGAGCUGGUAUGAUUGGAUGGUUACUGAUCAAUCUUUCUAUUUUCUCGAAAAGCCUCCAAAAUGGGGACGCAAAUCUUUCAAUGGUCCUUUAUCAGCUCUUUUGUGCGGUAAGAUGCAAAUUUGCUGAAUUCUUGAUAUGGAGAAUGGUGUCUUUAGUCUACUAAAAUCGUUUUUCCCCCCCUCUUUCUCUCUCUCUCUCUCUCUCUCUCUGUGUAGAUAUACACUGUUGACUACUUUGUUUAUGAAGAAUACAUGACCUCCACGUAAGUUGUUUUUUUCUGUUGAAUUUGCUUAUCUUACCAUCAAAAGAAAGUUAUUUGAAUCUUAUAGAUUUUUGCAUUUAUUUGUUAACUUAACUUGUUAGUAAACAUAAUUUUUUUGUGUUGUACACAAUCAUGGAAGUUUGCUUUAGGAAAAUGAUUGAUUCUACUAUACUUUUCAGAAUUUUUUUGUCAGCGUUAGACAUUAACUUGCGGAACAUAAAACUUGUUCUUCGACUUUAUCAUUCUGCCUGUGUAAAUGGACAAAGUGGUGAUCGAAAGAGAAAUUAUGCAGUUUUUUUACGGUCAUCCAUCACCUGAACUGCGACUGCUAGAAAAAGAAGUCUCACAAUUCCUAGUUAUUUUAUGAUGACCAUCAUUGUCUUUUUUAAAGGAGUUGGCUCUUGUGCCUUUUAAAAUAUAUUCGAAUGCAAUGGAAAUGAAUUAUGUCAGUCUGAUUGAUUCUGGUUCAUUUUCUAAAGUAAUACUCAACCUUGCGUCAAGCAUCCUUAGAGUUUCCUUCUCAUGCCAAAGAUUGAAGUUGCCAACAAGCAUGAGUAGAUUCAUCCACAAAGAUAAUUAGCAUGUAAUCUAUUGAAAAUGGAUGUAUAUUUGCCAACUUGUUGAAAUUUUAAUAUAAUAUAAUUCUUAAAUUGGUAAAUUGGUACAACUAUUUCCAGUUUGGUGUUACGAAACUGACUAAAAAGCAUUUAACUUCGCUAGAUGCGAAAAAUUCUGUAAAAAUUUGGGUGCAUGUCGUUUGAAUAAACAUAUGUGUUUUCAGUCCCAAAACGGCCGUUCAUUUAUUUUUCAUUAUUGAAAUCAUCAUAAGGUGUAUGAAACGAGCGUUCACAUCUAUACACAAUCAAAAGGUAGUGGGAGGUCUUUGGUGAGGGUUGAAUAGUUUAGGAAGAAAUUAGGACACUGUGCAAGUGUCCACCUAACUGAACUGAUAGUUGUCAGCUAAAUAGCCGGAGGAUGCAAUUUUUUCUUCUGAACGAAAGCAUUGCAAAGCUUUGACUGACAUGCUAUUGAUAUUUAUCCAUUCUGUACAGCUUCACUGCUACUUUGAAGUCUCUGUCUUUUUGUAACCCUGUGUUGGCCUACAGAUUAUAACUGUGCACUGCCGGGUUAUUCUAAUCUGCACGUUGAUUUCUUCCUUCUGUCUUCAGAUUUAUUUUUUCCCAGUGGUUUUGUGGCAAUGUUCAGUGAGUUAGGUAUCUCGUUCUCUAGUAUGAUGUCCAUCUAAUGCAACUAUAUUAUUGACCUACAGAUGGGAUAUUAUAGCAGAACGGCUCGGCUUCAUGUUGGUGUUUGGGGAUCUAGUUUGGGUUCCUUUUACUUUUAGCAUCCAGGUAUGAGGAGAUAAACUGAGAUGGUCUAUCUAUACUCGGAUUUUGGUUUUCGAAUUGAAGUGCAUUCAAGAAGCAGACGUUGCCUGAAACAAUGGCCUGUUUUUUUGGUUUUUUGUUACAUGGAUGAAGUUAUUUUAUUUGAUCUGUGCAAUGGUGAGUUUUUUUUUUAGUUGCUUAAGGAUUAAAAUGUAUGUGACGUUUAAUUUUUAAUCUGUAAGAUUUCGGUCAUCUACUCCCAUAUGUUUACUGUUUAGAUUUUCUGUGAGGAUGUUGUUAAGAUAACUAAAAGUUCAGAUAACUCAUUUGUGUUACAGAUUAAUCAGUUUGGUUAUCAUUUUCCCACCACCACAGCUUGAAUUGAACAUGCUAGUAAUUUUGUAUUAGAUUUUACACCAGUAUUUUUUUUUCAUUUUUUUCAAAACAAAACAUGCAGACGAACUAUUUGACAAGGAUGAAUCAAUGGCUCAUUCUGUAACGGGACGCUUUGUUUUGAUACGCUCUAAUGCUCUUUUUGACUGCGCCUCAAUGUCUUUAUUGUAUAAAAAAAUUACUAAUUAAAUCAGUUUCUUUUAGUCUCAAAAGCAUUAGCCCUCCGUAGGGCUGAAGUAGAAUUUUUGUGUGACUAAUCGUUUCAUUUCGGUUUAGGGCUGGUGGCUUUUGGAUAAUCAAGUUAAGACAACCAAAGCAGCCGCUAUUGCAAACUGCUUAGUUUUUCUGAUCGGGUUGGUCAUUUCUUGUUUUUUUUUUCUUUCGUUCUUUUUUUUGUGUCACUUGUUCUUAAAGGUUUGUGAACGUGAUAUAUCCCAAGUGCCAAAAUGGGAUUCUACUCGGAUUAUUAGAGCUUAUUUGUGCGUGAUGUGUACUAUUUACCAUCCAGCUAUCGCGUAUUUAGAGGAGCAAACAUGCAAAAGCACGUUUUUAAAAAGAACCCUGCUGCACCCAUAUGGGGUAAGCCUCCAAAGGUUAUUGGCGGGAAACUCUUGGCUUCAGGCUACUGGUGAGCAUUCUUGAUUGAUCGUUCCUUCCGAAAUAUUGUGCGCCUCGACAUCGGAUUUUCGUGCAGAGCCUCCUGUCUUUUUAUGGAAUCUUGGAAGGUAGAUUAGCUGGCUGAGAAAUUUAGUAUAGGGACGUGACCUGCUUUGUUCUUUCUUGAAGCUGAGCACCCCAUGUACCGAUCUCAGAACGAAAAUAAUCUUCUGUCUACGUAUAUGUGGCAGGGGAAUGUCGAGGCACUGCAAUUAUCUUGGAGAUCUACUCAUUGCGCUGUCAUUCAGUCUGCCAUGCGGAGCAACGUAAGCUUCCCAUCCAUCCGGUGCUAAUUAUCAGCGCGCGCCCAUCGAUUCCUAAGAUCGGUCGUCUCUCCUGUUUUGCAGUUCGGUCGUACCGUACUUCUAUCCCUUCUAUCUUCUCGUGCUGCUUGUGUGGAGGGAGCGAAGGGACGAGGCAAGAUGCUCGCAGAAGUACAAGGAGACAUGGGCAGAAUACUGCAGGCUCGUCCCAUGGAGGAUUUUGCCGUACGUCUACUAG